ACAAUCCUAGGAGAAACUCAUGAAGAGGAGGAUGAGAUACUUCCACGCAAAGAUUAUGAGAGUUUGGAUUAUGAUCGCUGCAUCAAUGACCCAUACUUGGAAGUUUUGGAGAGCAUGGACAACAAGAAAGCCCAGAGAUACGAAGCAGUGAAGUGGGUGAUGGUUUUUGCUAUUGGAGUCUGCACAGGACUGGUGGGCCUCUUCGUGGAUUUCUUCGUACGGCUCUUUACCCAGCUCAAAUUCCGGGUGGUACAAAGCUCGGUGGAAGAAUGCACUGAGAAAGGUUGCCUUGCCCUGUCCUUGCUGGAGCUGCUGGGGUUCAACCUGACCUUUGUUUUUCUUGCCAGUCUUCUGGUCCUGAUCCAACCUGUAGCAGCUGGAUCAGGAAUUCCUGAAAUUAAGUGCUACCUCAACGGGGUGAAGGUUCCAGGAGUUGUGCGUCUCCGGACGGUGGUAUGCAAAGCUAUGGGAGUGCUCUUCAGUGUGGCAGGAGGUCUUUUUGUCGGGAAGGAGGGUCCAAUGAUUCACAGUGGUGCCGUCGUUGGUGCGGGUUUGCCACAGUUCCAGAGCAUCUCUUUGAGGAAGAUACGAUUUAACUUUCCCUAUUUCCGCAGUGACAGGGAUAAAAGGGACUUUGUGUCUGCUGGAGCUGCUGCAGGGGUUGCGGCCGCCUUUGGAGCCCCAAUUGGGGGUACUCUCUUCAGCUUGGAAGAAGGUUCUUCCUUCUGGAACCAGGGACUUACAUGGAAAGUGCUUUUCUGUUCCAUGGCUGCCACCUUCACCCUGAAUUUUUUCCGCUCUGGGAUUCAGUUUGGAAGUUGGGGGUCUUUCCAGCUCCCUGGGCUGCUGAACUUUGGGGAGUUUAAGUGCUCUGAGUCUGAUAAGAAAUGCCACCUCUGGACAGCUGUGGACUUGGGCUUCUUCAUUCUGAUGGGGAUUGUAGGGGGCCUUCUCGGAGCCACCUUCAACUGCCUGAACAAGAGACUUGCAAAGUACCGCAUGCGGAACGUGCAUCCCAAGCCAAAGCUGGUCAGAGUCUUGGAGAGCCUGCUGGUGUCGUUGACUACCACGGUCGUGGUCUUUGUAGCCUCCAUGGUUCUGGGGGAAUGUCGGCAGAUGUCUUCUACCAGUCAUCAUGGCAAUGACACUCUGAGCCUGCAGGGUAUGUCAGAGGAUGUGAAUUCAAGCAUCAAAACUUUUUUCUGCCCAAAUGAAACCUACAAUGACAUGGCCACACUCUUCUUCAACCCUCAGGAGUCAGCUAUUUUGCAGCUCUUCCACCAGGACGGUACUUUCAGCCCAGUCACACUGUCCUUGUUCUUCCUUCUCUAUUUCUUACUCUCCUGCUGGACGUACGGGAUCUCUGUGCCCAGUGGCCUUUUUGUGCCAUCACUGCUUUGUGGGGCUGCCUUCGGACGCCUGGUCGCCAACCUCCUCAAAAGCUACAUUGGCCUGGAUCACAUCUACUCAGGAACCUUUGCACUCAUCGGGGCAGCAGCAUUCCUGGGAGGAGUGGUCCGCAUGACAAUUAGCCUGACUGUCAUCCUAAUUGAAUCCACCAACGAGAUCACCUAUGGGCUCCCAAUAAUGAUCACCCUCAUGGUAGCCAAAUGGACAGGAGACUUCUUCAACAAAGGCAUCUAUGACAUCCAUGUGAAUUUGCGGGGAGUGCCUCUUCUGGAGUGGGAAACAGAGGUGGAAAUGGAUAAACUACGAGCCAGCGAUAUCAUGGAACCCAACUUGACAUAUGUCUACCCACACACCAGGAUCCAGUCCCUUGUUAGCAUCCUGCGCACAACUGUCCAUCAUGCCUUCCCUGUUGUGACUGAGAACCGAGGCAAUGAGAGGGAGUUCAUGAAGGGAAACCAGCUGAUAAGUAACAACAUCAAAUUCAAGAAAUCUAGCAUCCUCACCAGAGCCGGAGAGCAGCGCAAGCGUAGUCAGUCCAUGAAAUCCUACCCCUCAAGUGAACUGCGUAACAUGUGUGAUGAGCACAUAGCAACAGAGGAGCCGCCAGAAAAGGAGGAUCUGCUCCAACAGAUGCUAGAGAGAAGAUAUACUCCCUACCCCAACCUGUACCCUGACCAGUCUCCUAGUGAAGAGUGGACCAUGGAGGAACGCUUCAGACCUCUGACCUUCCAUGGCUUGAUCUUGCGCUCACAGCUCGUCACCCUCCUUGUCAGGGGUGUUUGUUACUCCGAGAGCCAGUCGAGUGCAAGUCAGCCUCGUCUGUCCCAUGCAGAGAUGUCGGAGGAUUACCCCCGCUAUCCAGAUAUCCAUGACCUGGACCUCACGUUGCUGAACCCUCGCAUGAUAGUGGAUGUCACCCCGUACAUGAACCCCUCGCCCUUUGCCGUCUCUCCAAACACUCACGUGUCACAAGUCUUCAACCUGUUCCGGACAAUGGGACUCAGACAUUUACCAGUUGUGAAUGCAGUUGGAGAGAUUGUUGGGAUAAUCACUCGGCACAACCUGACCCACGAAUUUCUGCAGGCAAGACUGAGACAACACUAUCAGACCAUUUGA